AUGAGUUCAGUUUAAAAGGAAUUAGAUAAUUCAAAUUGUAAUGGAAGAGGAUUGUAUUUUGAAUAAAUUUGUCAAUGUGAUUUAGGAUAUUUUGGGAUUGAGUGUUCAUAAAAAUUAGAAGACAUUCAUGUUGUUUCUUAUUUCACAUUUAUUGGAUUAUUUUUAAUCCUCUUUAUACUGCUAUUAAUUUUUACAGUGAAAUAACUUCAAUUAUCACUUAAAACAAAUAAAAUUCCAUCAUAUUAAAGGUAGAUUAAUAAUAAUAAUAUUCCUUAGAGGAUUAAGUUAUCUAAAGAAUUUUAUAGGUUCUCCGUUAAAUUGCAUUUUGUGUUUAACGAUAUUAUUUACUGUUUUAAAAAUCUUAUGGCUUUCCUUAGAUCCUUUUAAACCAUUUGUAUAAUAAAUCAUUAAAAUUAGGAUGGUGAUAAAAGAAUGUUUGAAAGAAUACUAGCAGAAGUAGUAUACACUAUACUUUUUUAUAUCUAUGGAAUUUUACUUAUGGUUUGGUAUACAAUGUAUGAUGAAAUCUCAUUCAAUAUUUCAGAAAGAAAUAACAACUCAAAAUCUCAAUUAUUAUUUAGAGAUGAAUUAAAAGUUGAUACAAGAAAAUGGAUAUUCGUAUAUUACAAGGAUAUAAUGAAAAUAAGACUUUUCUUUGUAUUAUUAAUACAAUUAACAAUAAGUACAUUAAAUGGUAAAAUAAAUAUCUAAUUAGGAUUAAGAUUAAGUUAAAAAUAUAAAACAAUACUUUAUAUAGCAUAUGUAAUUUUACUCUUAAAUUUCAUGUAAUAUAUAUAUAUCUAAUAUCCCAAGUUCAUUUAUACUAGAAUUCUUUCUUUAUGGAAGAAAACUCAAUCAAUGCAUAGAAUCUCAAUUAAUAAAAUUGGAUAUAGAUAAUGAAAAAGAGAUUUAAGAAAACUAAGAAUAAGUGAAUUAAUAAUAAUAAUAAGUAAAUAUAAUAUAUUAUAUUUAUAGAUAGUAUUUAAUAAGAAUUCACUUGGGAUCUAAUAAGAAGAAUAACUUUAAUCUCCAGAAACAUAAGAUUAAUAAGUAUUAAGACUUAGUUCUUAGAGUGAAAGUGAAGAAAAUAAUGAGUAAAUAUAAACAUAAAGAGCAUUUGUUUCUAUUGAAAGAUUAACUCUUUCAAAUAUAAAAAAGUCUGUCUCCUUUAAAAAACAACUAAAAACAAUUAAUGAAAUUCCAAAUCAAUUGAUUAAUGUUAAAUUUGUUAAAAGUUCAUAGAAUUUAGAAGUAGAUAAUGAGAUAUAAGAUUGCCACUUGAAAACUAUAAUGAGUGAAGAAUCAUAGAGUUCAAAAGAAGAGGUAGUAAUUCAUUAGAAAGUUAAUUCUUGUUUAUUGAAUGAAGAUGAUAAUGCUUAAGAGAAUAUUAAAUGGGAUAUAGAUAAGAAUAGAUAAAAUAUUAGAAAAAUUAAAACAAUGUAAAUAAAGAUUGUUGAAAAAACAAAAUAGUAAGUAAAUGAAAUUAAAAAGUUUAAAAAGGCUACAAUAAAAAAUAUUAAUAGGGAUCUAUUAUUUGAUAUUUAAUAAAAUGAAGAUAGAAAAACUAAAGUUUAAUCAGCAGAUGAUUAUUAAUCAGAAAUAUCAGCUUAAUAAAAAUAAAUAAAGACUGCUAAUUUAAAUGUAGAUAAAAAAGUCAUAAUUAAAAUUCAAAUAUUGAUUUAUGCAGGAGUGUCCCUAGAAAUUUGUUUUGGUCUAUUAUCAAUUAUAAUUUUAUUAACAGAUCUAUUGAAAACACCUUCAGGUAAAAAAAUAUUAAUUAAUUAUAUAUAGGAACUCUUUGUUAUUUAUAUAUUUCAGCUAUGUUGUAGUAUCUAUCUUUGAUUACUGUGUUGAAAUUAUUUAGAGAUGUUAAAAGUCAAGAAGUCUUGAAUCUAAUUUGGAUAUAAAAGGUUGGAAAUGGUAAAAAUAAAAUCAACUAAAAGUUUUACUUUACUAUUCCAUAAUUAUAAACAAAAAUAGAUGAUUCAAAGAUGAAAUUUGAAUAAAGAAUUAAUAAACAUAUAGGAUGA